AUGGCGUCAAGUAAGGCAUCCCGCCUAGGGGAAGACCGGAGGACGCGGAUGGACAAGGUCAACGCCGAGCUCGUCGUCCUCACAUACGGCACCAUCGUCGCGCAGCUUUGCAAAGACUUCGACAGCGACUAUGUCGAGGUCAACAAGCAGUUGGAUAAGAUGGGCUACAACAUUGGUAUGCGGUUGAUUGAGGAUUACCUGGCCAAGUCAAACACGGUCCGGCGGUGUUCCAGUUUCAGGGAGACAGCAGAGAUGAUUGCUAAGGUUGGCUUCAAAAUAUUUCUCAACAUUACACCGGCAAUCACAAAUUGGACGAGCGACGGCAAGCAGUUUUCGCUCGUGUUCGACGAGAACCCCUUCGCCGACUUUGUCGAGCUGCCCGACGACGGCCGGGCCCAAGACGAGCUGUGGUACUCCAACAUCAUGUGCGGCGUACUGAGGGGAGCUCUGGAGAUGGUUCAAAUGCAGGUCGAAGCUCACUUUGUCAGCGACGUGCUGAGAGGGAACGACACGACCGAAAUGCGCAUCAGCCUGAUACGGUACAUCGACGACGAACUGCCGCCAGAAGACGACUAG